GAAGUGGUAACUGCAAGUGACGUCGCCGCCGUUGAUUGGCAGAGGUGACAGUGAUUGGCAGCGUUGCCCUGGAGACACCUGGCAGACCAAUAGAAAAGCGAAGCAAUGUUUCGGUGCUGCACUCAGUGUGCAUGGAAAGGGCGCUAGGAUGAGGCCGCUGGCACUGCGCUGAGUGACUGUCCCGCUGCUGCUGCUGCUGCCGCUGUCGCUGCCGUUAGUGCCGCUGCUUCUUUCUCCCUGGCUCCUGCGGUCCCCCCCCUGCCGGCCAUCCCAUGGUGUUCAGGUCUCCUCUAGAGCUUUAUCCCGCCCACUUCUUCCUGCCCAACUUCCCUGAGCGCUCAGUGCUCCUGGCCGGCUCCAGCGGGGGCCCCCGGGCCCAAGAAGAACUGUCAAUGUUCCAGCUGCCGAGCCUGAACUUUUCCCCGGAGCAAGUGGCCAGCGUGUGUGAGACGCUGGAGGAGACGGGGGACAUAGAGAGGCUGGGGCGCUUCCUGUGGUCCCUGCCCGUGGCCCCCGGGGCGUGUGAGGCCAUCAAUAAGCAUGAGUCCAUCCUGCGGGCCCGGGCCGUGGUCGCCUUCCACACCGGCAACUUCAGGGACCUCUACCAUAUCCUGGAGAAUCACAAGUUCACCAAGGAGUCCCACGGGAAGCUGCAGGCCAUGUGGCUGGAGGCGCAUUACCAGGAGGCGGAGAAGCUCCGGGGGCGCCCCCUGGGGCCGGUGGAUAAGUACCGGGUACGGAAGAAGUUCCCCCUGCCCCGCACCAUCUGGGACGGAGAGCAGAAAACGCACUGCUUCAAGGAGAGGACUCGCAGCCUCCUGAGGGAAUGGUACCUGCAGGACCCCUACCCCAACCCCAGCAAGAAAAGGGAAUUGGCCCAGGCCACCGGACUCACCCCCACCCAGGUGGGAAACUGGUUCAAAAACCGGAGGCAGAGGGACAGAGCGGCGGCGGCUAAGAACAGGCUUCAGCACCAGUCUAUCGGACAGAGUGGCAUGAGGUCGUUGGCAGAUCCAGGCUGCCCUACACACAGCUCGGCCGAGUCUCCUUCGACGGCGGCGGCCAGUCCGACCACCAGCGUGUCCAGCCUGGCGGAGAGAGCAGAAACCGGCACAUCCAUUCUAUCUGUCACCUCCAGCGACUCGGAAUGUGAUGUAUGAUAGGCAAAGACUUGAACCCAGGCAGAUCAGGGCACCUAUGGACCUCAUUUGAAAUGGACUCUCAUAGAAAGACUAGAGGACCCUAAAAGGUGACUUGUAUGACCCCCAAAAAGACAAGCGCAACCCUCUAUUUGAGCCAUUGGACGCACGGCCAUUGCAUGAUUCCUUUGUAUCUGGGGACAGGCCCCCCCCCAAGCCAAGCUUGGUGCCCCCUUCCCAGGAUCUCCAGGAAGAGGAAUCCCACUCAUCUCCCACCUUCUCCUCUGUUAAGCCCAAGCCGCUAAUGCGGUCACCCAAGAUGCAAUUUUCUUCGAUUUUUUUUUUUGUUUUUUAAUAAUUAUUAUUUUAAUUUUAUUAUUUCGUUUUUAUGUUCAUCAGACAAUCAUUUUCUUCGUAAGCACCUUUUUUUCUACACCUCUGUCACUGCCUGUGUGGGUUACUUACUGGUUAAUGUGGAGAAAAGAAUAGUUUAUGACUGUAACAGAAUUUUAUUUUUAUUUCAAGAUUUUAUAUGAAUUAUGUAUAUCUCAGUGAUGAGGUCACUUCCCAAUUGUAAUAUAUGUGUAGAAAUGCUUGUAUAUAAUAUUGCUAAUGCUCUUUUUUUAUUCCCUGGUCUGUUUGGCACAUCCCCCCCCCCUUACACACUCUCUCAUUCACACUCACACUCUCUCUCAUUCACACUCACAUUUUCUCUCUCUCUCAUACUCACACUCUCUCAUUCACACUCACACUCACAUUUUCUCUCUCUCAUACUCACACUCUCUCAUUCAUACUCUUACACUCAUUCUACACUUACAGACCCUCUGUUACACACUCAUUACACAUACAAAAACCUACUCGCAAUCACACACUCUCUAGUACAUACAUAGAAAUUAAGCCUUAUACAAAGGCACUCUCUUUUACACACACACACACACACACACACACACACACACACACACACACACACACACACACACACACACAAUCUUUUUGUUACUCAGUGUGUCUCCAUGUACUCCUUUCUGCUACCCCCCUCUCUCUGUGUGUCUCUCUCUGUCUCUCUUCCCCAGCUGCCUCCUUGUCUGUAAAUUCCCAUUCUGUGGGUUUUUAAUCUCAGUCGGUGUCUUGUUUAGUUUUCCUCCUGUCUCUCUGCCCCUUUCUGUCCCAUUUGCACUCACAUUUUGUUGUUUCUCCUGUCUUCCUUGUAUCUGCCCUGUUACCCCCUCUCUUGCCUGUCUCUUUCCUCUGCUCCUUUCCCCCUCUCUCUCUCACCUACACUCACACUCACACUCCCUCCUCUAUCUGCCUCCUACUCCCUGUUCCUGCAUAAAUUCACCGGUCAGGGUCUGGCCUGGCUGAGUUUCCAGGAAGGGACUUCACCCAUAGAAAGAGCUUUUGAGAAUUCCAGUCAUUCUUAUGCAAAGAUACAAUAAUACCCAGAAAAACAAGAUACUCUAAUAAGUAUUUCCUAUCAGCCUGGGGACACAGUGAUCCACUUUAGAGCGCUUAACAUUUGUCUGUUUACUUGUUUAUCUAUAUGUACAGUACAAACUUUCUAAAUCAAAUACAGUAUUCAGUUUUUUCUUAUCUA